GACCCUCGAUUGGUGUUUCCGAGUUAGUUGGUUACCUUGAAUUAAGUUCGCUUAAUUAAAUGUCUAUAAACACAUACAUUUUAAAGUAUAUAGGAAUAUUGUGACAUUUCUAAUUAGAGCUAAAUUUCAAAGCUUAGUUACCAAUAAUUAGUUACAGACUGAUUCGUGAAGACAGGUCAUUGAUUGAGAUGAAAUAGAGAAGAAUACUCUGACUCUGAAAAAGAUCAACUGAUCAACCAACUCAACAAUUCAAUAACACAAACUGCACUGAGACAGUUGUGAGUGUAACUAGAACCAGAAGUACCUGGUAGUAUAGUAACAGUCUGAGUGAUACUUAAUUUACUUAAUAAUUUUAUUAAUAUAUUAUUAUAUUAUAUUUCUUUUUUUUUUUUUUUUACUUUAUAAACCAACUAUUACUAUUACUUAUACUAACUAAGAGUAGUAAGAGUCAAGAGUAAGAGAAUGACACAUAGUUACUGCGAGUAAAUUCAAAUAAGAAAGUUAGAAGAAUGAUAGUUGAUGCAAAUUAUAUUAUAUUUUUUUUUUUUUUUUUUUUUACUUUAUAAACCAACUAUUACUAUUACUUAUACUAACUAAGAGUAGUAAGAGUCAAGAGUAAGAGAAUGACACAUAGUUACUGCGAGUAAAUUCAGAUAAGAAAGUUAGAAGAAUGAUAGUUGAUGCACUAGCUGUGACUAGCAGCAGUCUAGUUAGAGUUAAAUUAGUAAAAACCUCCAUAAUGAACGUUUUGUUUAAAAUUAAAAUAACUUUAAAAAAGCAAGAUUUGCAAUUUUUAUAUCAAAUUAAGACAACUAUCAUUCCAGGAUUUAAGUCAGUGAAAAUUGAAAAUCAAAGAGUUUACCUUCUUAAAUUUAAGUGGUAGUGUUGCAUGAUGAUAUUUAUGAAGUCACCACACUUUCUAUUCUAAUUCUAUACUGUAUUACCGGUACUUAAACUAUACUAUACUAACUAUAAAUGUCUAAUCUAAAAGUAAAAGAACAGGAGGGGUUUUAAGCAUUUUGCUUAUUUGGAUAUGACCUUUCUUUCAUACACUGUAUCAAUAUGACCUUUCAUACACUGUAUCAAUAUGACCUUUCAUACACUGUAUCAAUAUGGCUUCCUAGCUUCAAAAUUCAGUGAUAAAUUAAAAUUAAAAACAUGAAUCAAUACAUUUAUUUUUUUAGUUGAGGAAAGAUAUCAAAAUGGGAAGACAAUUGACCACAUCCUUAACAGAUGCCCUGCUCACCUGGUCUGUGUUGUAUUUCAUCUACCACGUCUUUUGGUGGAACUUUUUUGCCUGCUUUGGACUUGGCAUCCAAGGUGCUGCGGCCGCAUUGGGUGUUGCCAGGUUCGCUCAGACAAGACCAGAAGGAAAGAUUUACGAAUACCAUCAGAUGAUGUCUUGGCUAGCGCAGGUAGAUUUUUUAAUUCUAACUCAUAUAACACCGUAAAUCAAAACUCUGAUCUGUGAGCUUACAUUUCAAAUUUGCUAUUGAGAAAUUUAAAACAUAAGCACAUACAUAAUUAUGAAGUUUAUUCUUUUUAUAGGACAACAAAUUUUAUGGCGAUUCAGUAAUUGUUUCAGUUUUUGCUAUAAUUUAACGCUAACAAGACCUGAAAUUGAUAAAUUUAAAAAAAAUGUAUUCCAUUUCAGGUGGUAGGUGUUCCCCUGUUGGCUGUAGGCUUCUGUCACAAAGAUCUGCCAAUCAUGAUGAACUUGAACAUCAUGAUCAUGGUUGGUGUUCUGAUUGGUAGCCGUUUCCUGGCACGAGGCAUGCGACAGUUGGCCCAAGAGAGUUGUUCUGGUUUUGCACUCCUCACCAUCAUCUUGGUGAGCUUUCGAGCUUGGAACAUUUAUGGGCUGCUGGCCACUGCAGUCUAUGUAGUUUCAGGAAAAUUUGUCGGCUCAGAAGGGAAGAUGGGUGUGUUUUACAGAGUGGACAUUCUUCAUGUUGGGUUAGCUGUAGGCAAUUUCCUUUUUACAUUUGCUGUUUUAAAUUUUUGAGAGGCUCCUCACAACAUAAAACAAGGCAUCAAAAUAUAAAUAAGAAGAAAUCGUUUUCGUCCUACAUGAAGGUGCUCACUUUUAAAGAAAUUUGUUAGUUCUGUUUUUUUUUUCUUGCAUCCGCACCUAAAACUGAAAAAAAGCCUAUGCUUGACCUGUGUAAGUUGGGAUUUUUUACAUUCAGUACCGUAUAAUCAUCACGUUGACAUGUGCAUAAUUUGAGAAACCAACCGUAAAAAUUCAAUUAAUAGUUAAUAUAUAGGUACGAAUAUAUAGGUACGUGUAAUAUUAGUAUUAAUAUUCGAAGAAGUCUUUUGCUGGAGUGAAUAAUUCAAUUAUUUUUAUUGAUAAUUUUUAAUAUUAAAAGAUAAGAAGAUUUUUAAUAAAAUUUCAUUGUUUGAAUGAAUACCUAUAGUAAUUUUUGUGAUGUGCAUUUUAUUUGUUCUUUAAAAAAAAUUGUACUUCAUAAAGAUAUUUUAAUGGAAUAAUCCUCGAAUUUGCAUAGCAUAUUUUUGUAAAAAUGAGGUUAGGGUUAGAAGUAAUUCUUGCCUUAUGCAAUGAUAAAUGUAAAUUUGUUAGCAGGGAAAGAAAGUUCCACUAGUCUAACAAUCUGAAAUUAAUCAAAAUAACUCUACCCAAAUGUAGAAAACAUUGGGUUAUGCACAAGGACCUCAACAAAUGUUGCAAUGUCAUUAUUUAGCUUUGUCACUAAUAAAUUGAUAUAUCGGUACUGAUAAAUUUAAGGGUCCUUGUUUUAAACGUUAAACAGAUUUAAACAAUUUUUUAAUAUCAUCCAUUAUAUCUUCAAUAAGAUGUUCAGAUUUUCUAGUCUUCAUGGUUCAUUGUGAAAGAGUUUAAUAUGAGUAAAAGGUGGUCACGGGCUGUGAGUGUUUUCAAGGAUAUCAAUUUUUUUUGCUAUGGCCAGUGGUCAGUGGUCAUUUUCAAGCAUGAAGCUGUAAUUUUGUUAAAUAUCUGAUACCCAUAACAAUAUUUUUCAAUGUAUUUGAAGUCUGCUAGUGCAACAGUUUAGUAUCUUCCAACUAUGGCUUCCAAUACAGCUUUAUGUAUUUUCUUGUUCUUCUUAUAGCCAACAAAAUAUUCAUAUAAAGAAAAUUUAAAAUUAUUUUAAUCUACCGGUAUUUAAAAUUAAAGGCAUUGUCAUUGUUUUUUAUAUUUGUUUCCCCUUCCCUGGCAUUUACUAAUUUUUUGCAACCAGUCAGAUCGCAAACCUUCGCACAUUGAAAAUAUCACUUCCAUCUCUCCUCCACACACAUUUAAAUUAAAAGUCACCCACACUCCUUUCAAAAAAUGCAUGUAAUAUAGGCAUUUUGUGUAAAAAUAAAUUGUAAUAGGUAUUCCAUGUAAUCAUAAUUAUAAUGGGUAUUCCAUGUAAUCAUUAUUGAACUAGGACUUAGAUGUGGCACUUUAUGUUAAGGAGUCCUCUAAACUAACAUUGACAAUUCCUCAUAGUUUUCACUUAGAAGGAAUUUACAAACGGUCACUACAAGUAAAAGUUCUAUCCCAGUCCUCACAUUUUAACCAACAAAGAUGGAACAUAAGUACUCACCACAAGUAUCACAUUCUUAAUGUCUUUGUUUUUUCUCAGUUUGAGAUCCAGUGGUCUGGGGUGUAUAGUAAACUUUUUAAUGAAGCUCUUUGUUUUCUUUUUGUGACCAUCCAGGUAGUUGUGAAUGUUAGUGUAUCAUCCAGGUAGUUGUGAAUGUUAGUGUAUCAGCAUAAUUUUAUAGCAUGUGUCUUUACAUUGGAUAGCCAAUGGGACAGGACUGAACUAUUCUUCAUUGCCAAUAUCAUAGAAUCUAAUUAAAAGCUUGAGACCAGAAAAUUAUAAAACUAUUAAAGACUGUUGGGUAAGGUUUAAUUUGGAAAGAUUUCCAUCACAAAGAUCUGAUUUUUGUAUGUUGACACUGUCAUACCUCUGGCUUAUCGUUCCUUACAUUUCCGUUUCUCUGUAAUUGCUUAUUUUUGCGAGUGUUAAUGUUAGUUUGACAAUGUUUUAGUAUCACUGAUAAGCUUGCAUUUAAAUUUGUCGCUGAUACAACUAUGUAGGUAAUCAAAAUGUAAAUGACUUACAAGUAUAAGUAUAAGCUAUUUGAACAUUAUGAUUGGAUCAGAAAAGGUGACAACUAUUUUGCUGAAGCUGAUUGUAUUGUUUGUUAACUGUAUAGCUCAACCAUUUUAUAGACCGGUAGCUAUGAACUAUACAGCUUUCUAUUGACAGUUACAGAGUUACAAUGUAUAAGUGACUAUUCACUGUCUCUGCCAACUGCUUGAAUUUGAAUAUUUAUUGUAAAAUUAUGUAAAUCCAGGUACCCCUAAGUUACAGUCUUGCCUACAUAGAUAAUCAGGUCACCAAACUGAAUCUUCUUGUGUUAAGUGUGCAAUAAAAAAUACUGAUUUCAGAAACAUUCUGCUUUUGUAAUGGUGGGGACAUUGAACAGAAAAUAUUAGUUUUAAAUAAUUUGAACUGAAGAGUUGAAAGGCUGAAACAUUUUCCUCACAUAAAUACAUGCUUUCACUAAAGACAUUUUGUUCAAUCUUGAAAGCAGUGUUUUGCCUGAAGCUUGCAUUCCUUAAAAUACCAAAAACCAUACCCUACAUAUCUGAGUUAUUUUCUUACAUGUACUUCAAAGUUAUCCUUUCUAAGUGUGCAAUACUAUAAUUUUUGUAGCGUAAUGCUGUAUAUUUCUUUUCUACUUUUAUUUUCUCAAAUAAUUUUUGCAGAUUGAUAUGUAAUUAAUUAAAAUAUAAACGCUAUUUUUAUUUAGCCUUUUCAUAAAAAUAUUCCCAUCUAACCUGUAGUUUAAAUUUAAUAUAUACAGAACAAUGUAUUAGAAAAUAUGUCAAACUUUGGAACUGGUUAUACUGGUUGGCUUUCACUUGCCAUGUGAACCACCUCCAAUGUGGUGAGAUUCACACACUGAUUGGCUUCUCUUGCCAUGUGAACCACCUCCAAUGUGGUGAGAUUCACACACUGAUUGGCUUCUCUUGCCAUGUGAACCACCUCCAAUGUGGUGAGAUUCAGGCACACUGGUUGGCUGUCACUUGCCAUGUGAACCACCUCCAAUGUGGUGAGAUUCAGGCACACUGGUUGGCUUUCACUUGCCAUGUAAACCACCUCCAAUGUGGUGAGAUUCACAAGCACUGGUUGGCUUUCACUUGCCAUGUGAAACACCUCCAAUGUGGUGAGAUUCACAAGCACUGGUUGGCUAUCACUUGCCAUGUGAACCACCUCCAAUGUGGAGAGAUUCAAGCACACUGGUUGGCUUUCACCUGCCAUGUGUACCACCUCCAAUGUGGUGAGAUUCAUGCACAUUUGGAUAAGUCAUUGCAGUAAACUAUGGGGUGUGUACUGCUUGAUGUUAUACCUAUAAUAUUGGUGUGUAUGAUCAAUUUUAAGUUAAAUAUUUUUUUCUAUGCCUAUCCUUUAAAUGAAUGUAGAACUUCAUACAAUUUAUUUUAUUACUCUAUUUGUUUCAACUUUGAAAUAGCUUCACUAAAAACACACGAGGAUGACAAUUUAUUUUUCUUGGAUAACUUCUUUGUGAUUAACUUACGCCUUAUGUGUGCAUUUUUCCCCACUUUGCUGUAAAUUCUAUUUAGGGUUGGCUGUUGAAAUAAUAGUGUACUUGUGGGUUUGUCUAUUUAGUGUAAGAGAUCAAAUAUUCUUACCAUACGCUGCAUCUUUUUAUCUUUAACAUAAAUAUUAACCAAUACUGUUUAAUUAUAAGCAAUUUAAAUGUAAAAUAACUUAAAUGUAAUCAAACUUACUGUUAUAAUAAAGUAAAUAUUUAGUACAUGUAUAAUUUUGUAGACAAUAAAAACUGCCAAAACAUACUUGUGAAGAGAA